GUAGAUCAUGACUGUUUCAUUAAAUAAACAUCGAGAAAAAGACAAUUCCAUUUGUAACAUAAAGGAAAAGAGGACUUAUCCAAUCAUUCAUCCCACUUCUGAUGCUCCAUUAUGUUCAAGUUGUGAACAAUUAGAAUUGCCUUUUUUUGAUCCUAGUUGCCCAGGAUGUAUGGAAAUCCUUAAAAAUCAGAACACUUCAAUAAGUCAGAUAUUUGCCAUAAUUCGACAAUGGAUGCCACAAACCCAACAAAAUAUUCAAGUUCUUGUAAAUGAGAUAUUAAAACGUGGUGCUCAUGUGGAUGAUAGAGAUGGCUUAACUGACAUGACAAUCUUGCAAUAUGCUUGUAAAGCUGGAGCAAUUGGUGUUGGUGAUGCUUACAUGGCAACAGAAACAGUUAAGAUGAUGUUAGAUAAAGGAGCAGAUACACGGCUGAAGUGUAGAUGGACUGAUAUGACUGCUCUCCAUUAUGCUGUUUAUUUUGAUGUUGUACCAGUCUUGGAAGUUCUCCUAGAAACUGAUAAAAACAUAGAUAUCAACAUUCCAUGCCAAGAAUUUGAUGGUGGAACAUCGCUUCAUAUUGCAGCAUAUAAUUUGUGUGUCGAAGCUACAAAAAUCCUUAUAAAAUAUGGUGCUGAUGUAAAUAUAAAAGAUGAUUUUAAAAGAACUCCUUAUGAUUGUAUUCCACAAAUUUCUGAGGUAGAGAGUAUGUCUGAUGUCGUAGAUAUUAUUUGUCAUUUGAGAAAAUUACUUCAAAAUAAAAUUCAAUAUUCUGAAUAUGAUUUAGUAGAUUAUAGCAAUAUUACUGGCAGAACUGUUUUAAAAUCUUUAAGACUGAAACUUGGUGACAAAGUUAUAGUAGGAGGAGCAAAGGUAAGAUAUAACUAAUUUGGUUAUAAUCGU